AUGGACCGAUACAAAGACAGCGAUACAGACAGACACAAACAAGUGAAGGCUCUGACGCUGCAGGUGUCUCAGAUGGACAGCGAGAUGGUGGACUUGAGGACGGAGAGGACGAGGACGCGGGCGGAGCUGGACAGCAAGCUUCAACACAGCCUGCAGCUCAGGCAGGUGUGUGAGCGGCAGCGUGCUCUCCUGCGUGAGGCCGGACCCGUGCUGCGAGGCGCCGCUGCUGAGCUGCGGGAUGUGAAACACAAACUCACUCUGCUCUCACGGGACUGGGACACCAACACGGCACUGAUACUGCAGCACUGCACUACUGCGAGCACUGCACUGAAACAGGAAGUGCAGCGGCUGCAGGGAGAGCUGCAGAGUGAGGCGCAGAGCCUGCUGGAUCUGUCCCGAGACCUGAGGGAAAAGGAGGCGAGCUUGUCGUCAUGCCAACAGCGAUGCGAGUCCUUGCAGCAGCAGCUGUCGAUGUGGAAACGGAAGGAGGCGGAGACGAGGCGGGAACUGGAAGGAGCGCUGAGGGAGGGUCAGAGGAUAAGAGAUGAGAGGGAGGCGCUGAAAGACGCUCAGAGAGACGAGAGGCAGAAGACGGAGCACGCGUUCAGGAAGAGACUAGAGGAGGAAAGGUCAAAGUGGAGGAGAGACGCUACUCUAGGGCUUGACAUCGAGAGACAGAAAAAUGAACAGCUGAUUCACAAGUACCAGGGGCUACAGGACAAGUUGCCCACUCUGGUGCAGUCUGCUGUACGGGAGCUGAAGGAGGAGGUGGCGAGUCUGAAGGAACGCCUGCGAGAGCGCGAGGAGGAGAUGAAGGAGGUGGCGAGUCUGAAGGAACGCCUGCGGGAGCGCGAAGAGAAGAUGAAGGAGGUGGCGAGUCUGAAGGAACGCCUGCGGGAGCGCGAGUUCGAGUUGACGAGACUAAAGGAACGUCUGCGAGAGCGUGAGGAGGAGCUGAAGGAGGAGGUGACGAGUCUUAAGGAAUGCGUGCGAGAACGCGAGGGGGAGUUGACGAGUCUGAAGCAACGUCUGCGAGAGCGUGAGGAGGAGCUGAAGGAGGAGGUGACGAGUCUAAAGGAAUGCGUGCGAGAACGCGAGGGGGAGUUGACGAGUCUGAAGGAACACCUGCGAGAUUGUGAAGAGGAGAUGAUGAAGGAGGUGACAAGUCAAAAGGAACGCCUACGAGAGCGUGAGGAGGAGCUGAAGCACAUGCGAGACCAGGCCCUGGAGAAAGACGAGCGAUUCCUGCGAGAACAGCACGCGGAGGUAACACAGCUCCGGCACAAACUACGAGAGCUUCAACAGGAGGCGCUGGAGCUACAGCGAGCGCACCGAGACGUCCAAGAACUCCAAAUGGAAAACUCCACGCUACGAGAAGAGAACUGUCAGCUGCAGGAGACGGUGAGACGCGAGUGUGAGGAGCGAGCCGAGCUGACGGCCGCCCUGUCCCUGGCGCGAGAGCAGCUGCUGGGUGUCAGACAUGCAGCGGUGACCUCCUCCAUCUCCCACCGCUCUGCCUCGUCCUCCCUGCCCAGCCUGAGCGCCGGACACAGCCGAGACGCCGUCCCCGGGGGCAAGAGCACGGCGUCGUGGCACGGAAACCCUCACCAGCCGCUACCUGCUCUGCCUCGACUCACCACAGAGAGACACGCCCCUCUGACAGAGACACGCCAUCGCACCGGCAGGAAGCGGAGGAGGGAGAGGAAGAGCGGCGUACAGGGCAGCGCGGCGGCGGCUGCAGCGGCAACGCCGGCCUUCCGCCCGCCUCCUGUUACAUGA